CGUGGACCGAUCGGGUGAUAAAGCAAGAUGGCGUCUGACGGAGAAGUCCUAAACGCGGGCAUUAUAUUUCUGUAUUCUUACAUAUAUGUUGUUUAAUAGAGUACACACGGUUAAUAAUUGUUUGUAGCCGGAUACAUUAGUCUGAGCGCACUUUGACACUUCUCCUGUUUGAUGGCUUCAAUUAAGGUAGCUUGCAGCUAGUUUAGCUGGCUAGUUAGCUUAGCUUGUUAGCUGCUAACAAAGAGACGCGGAAGUUAUUUAAACAUCGCUAAUUAGGGAACUAAUGUGAGUGUAAAGUGUUGUGAUUGUGUUAAAAUGUGCGAAAAAACGAUGGCAAAGUACGAGGAGGAACUUUGUCCAACAAAAGAGGAGGACGAGCGACAACAUCAACUACUGGAUGUUUAUUAUAAGAAACAUCAUCAAGUUGUGUUACACAGAACAGACGUCCAGCAGCCCCCUCACAUUAAAGAGGAAGAGGAGGAAGUGUGGAUCACUCAGGAGGGAGAGUGUCUUCUAGGGCAGGAGGAGGCUGAUCUCAGCAAGUUUCCACUGACUGUUGUCUCUGUGAAGACUGAAGAGCAUGAAGACAAACCACCUGAGUCCUCACAGCUUCAUCACAGUCCAAACGUCUGUGAAGAACAUCUUCACCCUGAGCAACAGAAGUGGAGCUUCAGGAUGUGAACGGAGGAGCCACAGCCCUCCCACAUUAAGAAGGAAGAAGAAUACCCACUGAUCCCCAUUUUAAAAAGGAAGCGGAAGAACCACUGACACCCCAUUUUAAAGAGGAAGCGAUGGAUCCACUGAGCCCUCACAUUAAGGACGAAGAGGUGGCUCCACUGACCUCUCACAUCAAGGACAAAGAAGAGGACCCACUUAACCCUCACAUUAAAGAGGAAGAGGAGGAAAACCGCAUCAGUCAGCAGAGAGAGCAUCUUGAAGGACUGGAGGAGGUUGAUGUCAACAGGAUGCCAGUGACUGGUGUCCCUGUGAAGAGUGAAGAUGAUGAGAUCAAAGGUGAAGGUGAGGAGAGGGGAGGGGGCGAGCCUCCAAGCAGCAGCUCAACACAACACAUGACAACAGAAGCUGAUGGAGACCACUGUGGAGGAUCACAAGCAGACAAGCUCUUAGCUCCACUAUCAGAUAGUGAGGACACAACGUCACACUCUCCUGACACUGAUGAUGAAGACUCUAAAGAUGAUAAGACAUGUCACACUGACAACACUCACUUCAAGUGUUCACACUGUGACAAAACUUUUAAAUAUCCUAGUGAUUUGAAAAGACAUAUGAGAACACACUCUGGAGAAAAAACAUUUUCAUGCUCAAACUGCGGUAAAGGUUUUAUACAAAGUGGUUAUUUGAAAAGACACAUGACAAUACACACUGGAGAAAAACCUUUUUCAUGUUCAAUCUGCAGUAAAAAUUUUACUCUUAGGUAUGAUUUGAAAAUACACAUGAGAAUGCACACUGGAGAAAAGCCUUUUCCCUGCUCAGAAUGUGGUAAAAGUUAUGUAAAAAAUCAAAGUUUAAAAGCACACAUGAGAACACACACUGGAGAAAAACCUUUUUCAUGUUCAAUCUGUGGUAAAGAUUUUACUCGAAGGGAGCAUUUGGAAAUACACAUGAGAAUACACACUGGAGAAAACCCUUUUUCCUGCACAGAAUGUGGGAAAAGUUUUGUAAGAAAUCUAACUUUAAAAGAACACAUGAGAACACACACUGGAGAAAAACCAUUUUUAUGUUCAAUCUGCGGUAAAGAUUUUACUCAUAGUCAACAUUUGAAAAGACACAUGAGAACACACACUGAAGAAAAACCUUUUUCGUGUUCAAUCUGCGGUAAAGAUUUUACUCAAAAGCACCAUUUCAAAGCACACAUGAGAAUACACACUGGAGAACAACCUUUUUCAUGUUUAAUCUGUGGUAAAUAUUUUACUCGGACAGACCAUUUCAAAAAACACAAGAGAAUACACACUGGAGAACAACCUUUUUCAUGUUCAAUCUGUGGUAAAGAUUUUACCCGGAGGGACCAUUUAAAAAAACACAUGAGUACACACACUGGAGAAAAAUCUUUUUCCUGCUCAGAAUGUGGUAAACCUUUUUUACGAAGAAGCACUUUGAAAAGACACAUGAUUACACACACAGGAGAGAAAGUGUUGAGUUGCAGUGUGUGUGGUGAAAGAUUCUCUUCUAAGUACCAGUGUAAGAAACACAAGUGUGCUGGUGAGAACAGCAGCAGUAAAUGAAACUGCAGGAUUUAAAAUAAACUGUCAAAACUUAACUUUGACCUUCUAACAACAUCAGCACAUAGAGUCUAACAUUUAUAGAUUAGAUAUAGAUUUUUGCUAUUUUCAGUCUGGUACAUGUUUUAAUAUACAUUGUGUACUUUUGUUUAAAAAGGAACACACUACUUUGACUGUAAAGGUGAGAAUAAACAGGACAAAACAUGUUACAAAUAUUUUUAUGUGUAUAGAGAUAUUCAGAAAUCAUUUUUAAUUAUUAAUGAUGUUAUAAAUUAACUUUAUAUGAUGUAUAUAUUUGUUUUACAUGUGUUCGUACCUUUGCUUUUGAGUACACAUAAAUCUCUCUUAGUUCAUAUUUACUGGUUCACAUCUGAAACAUUUCUGGACCACUUCUGGAUGCAAAUGAUUUACUCUGUACAUCAUUUGAGAAGUUGUGUUUUAUACAAAAUCAUUUACUUUUAAAAUGUGUGACUUUAUUAAUCAUUUGUUGGGUCUCAAUAAGCCAUUCCUUUCAUUACCUGUAUUACUCUUUUGUAAUGUGAAUUUUGUUUUAUAUGUAUGUCCCCUUUAUGCAAUAUGUAGAUUAGAGAAAAUGGCAACAUUAUAUGUGGAAGGUUAUGAAGGGUUUUUUUAUCUAAAUUUUUUAUUAAAAAACUACACAUGACAA